UCAUCAGCCCCUUCGCCCAGCAUACACAUCAUAGAAUAAAUUAGUAUACUAUUUCAGGGAUGUUAAAAAACUAAUAGAAUGUACUAUCUGCUGGUCAUAAUUCUUUCACAUAUUGAUUUGGGACGGCCAAUACGGGAAGAGGACGCUUAGGCAAAAAAAAAAAUUAAAAGGAGUUAAUGCCACGAAGAAAGAGAGCAAAACAUUCUAGCAGACGCUGAACAUGUGCACACCCUACUGUAUACUUAUUUCGGACGCCAGUCCUGCCGAAUUGAUGGGAGUUUUUUCCUCAAUAGAAGAGCGCGUGGUUAAUUGUAAUUUACAACCGGUGCGAAAUUCAAGCAGGUGCGUUUCUAUUUUUGCCUGGAUCUAGCACUUUUCAAACGUGUGGAGAGAGGGGGCCAGAAACGAAUAAUGCCUCGCCCCAUAAAUUUGGAUUCCUUCCACCGAAUCGAGCAAAUGCACCAUAUUUGAUUUAGUUUGUUGCCCUUUUGGGAAAGCGGAACUGAAAGCGGGCGAGGCUUUGUUGCAAGGGGGGAAGCCUUUUGGCAGCCCACCUGCCUCCGCCAGUUGCAACGAAGAACCUAAAGAGGCGGAAACCUCGUCUAACGCCUCGAAGACCGCCUUAGAAUGAUGUCUUCCUAAAACCUAGGACGGGUGAGACAGGCAAUCGCUUGGGGAGAAAAGAUUGUAAAUGUACUAAUUUGUUACUAGUAUUUGCACCCUGUCCUUCAAGCAACUUUGUCUCCAACAUGCAUUGGCUUCCUUGUUUACAAAAAAUCUGCAAUCAAUUUACUUUGCAUACUUUCAUUCCAAGUUGUUUAGGUAUGUCAGUAAAAUGCAUACAUUCUUCAUUAACAAGUACAUGUGAAGCUGAAAAAUCAUUGCAUUUCAGUAUUAGUGAAAACUUACAGGAUGAAAUACACAGCGAAGAAAGUCAAGAAUUACAUAAGUCAGUUAUGGUAGAAGAAGUUAUUGAAUUUUUAGCACCUCAAAAAGAACAGCAUAUUCUUGAUAUGACCUUUGGAGCAGGAGGUCACACAAAUGCAAUUUUACAAAAGGCAAAGGGUAUUAAAAUAUACACACUCGACAGAGAUCCCACAGCUUAUGAAUUAGCUCAACAGCUUUCUGAAUCUUAUCCGCAACAGAUACAGCCUCUUCUAGGAUCAUUUAGUCAAGCAGAAGCCUUAUUAACAUCUUCUGGAGUACAGCCAGCGAGUUUAGAUGGUAUUCUUUUGGAUGCCGGUUGCUCUUCUUUGCAGUUAGAUACUCCAGAAAGAGGUUUUUCCCUAAAAAAGGAUGGCCCGUUGGAUAUGAGGAUGGACGGUGACAGGUAUCCUGACACGCCCACUGCUGCUGAUGUUGUGAAUGCUUUAGAUCAACAGGCACUUGCGUCCAUCCUGAAAACAUAUGGGGAGGAGAAGCAUGCCAAAAAAAUAGCUUCAACAAUUGUUCAGGCACGCAGCAUCUAUCCCAUCACCAGAACGCGGCAGCUUGCCAGCAUUAUUGCAGGUGCUUUUCCAGAAACCAUUUUAUAUGCUCGAAAAGACAAACUUUCAAGACCAGCACACAUAGCUACCAAAACUUUUCAAGCCUUGCGCAUAUUCGUCAACAAUGAGCUCCAUGAACUCUAUGAAGGUUUGAAGGCAGCUGAACGUUUUCUAAAACCUGGGGGAAGACUUGUAGCAAUUACUUUCCAUUCUUUAGAAGAUCGUAUUGUCAAAAGAUUUCUGCAUGGGGUAGACAUUUCAGAAAGGUUCAAUCUUAGUGUAAGGCAGAAGAUCAGGAGAGCAAGAAUGGACUUGUUAGAAGGAGAGGACGAAUCACUUGGUGAAAAUUGUAGUUCAAAAUGGAAGCUUAUAGAAAAGAAAGUGCUCACUCCCCAGGAUACCGAAAUUAAAAACAAUCCCAGGGGACGCUCAGCAAAACUAAGAGGAGCUAUUAAGCUAUGAUCUUAUCUUCUUUCAUAAAAUGUAUGAAAAAAAUAAUUCUUUACAUUAAAGAUGAGAACACA